AAAUAAAGCACUCCUUGACUUUUAUCCAGAAUUUGAAAUAUUUUCCUUUCACAUUUAUCUUUACCAUUCAUGAAUGGACAUAAUUGAUAACAUCUUGCUCGCCUGAUUCACGCUGUUAAUUUUAGAAGUACAGGAUAAGUUGAAGAAUUGCCUUUUCUUAAAUAAACUCUAUUUUCGUUCGUAUUAAACAUUUCUUCAAUAUUUUAUAUCUGAAAUUUAACAUUAGAAAAAAAUAUUUCCUAUAUUCAGAUUAUACAAAUGUCUUAAAUUUUCAAAGGUUUUCAUUACUGUUUCCAUUCUCCAUCACGUCAUUAUUAAUUCUUGAUUUAGCUAUUUACCACAGCUCUCAUUACCAUUACUUAAUAGACACGCAACUCCUACUAGUUUCAUUUUUUCAUCAAGUCCUAAUUUCAGCAUAUCAGUAAUUACCGGUGAUGAAAUUUCAUGUUCUCUGAAUUCUUUGAGACCACUAACCGCUUAAAAAGUUUCAAAUAACAAAACUUCACUCUGAAAGUUUCCCACAGAAAAACACUUCUUUCAUAAUUUUUCGAAAGGACCACAGAAAUGACCGUGAAGCAGAACCAAAAGGGCGGAUUUUCCUCACCUUUAGAGUCAUUUUUUUGAAUUGGUUACAUAUUCUGGGGAACGGAAGAGAACAAUUUGAGAAAUGAAAAGCGGUUCAUUAUUUCAAGGCAUCUCAAUUACGCAGUUUAAAUACUUCAUGAGUCACUCCACCUUCUAUGAUUCAUUUUUCCAUUGGCAACCAAACUAUUGAGUGAAAUUUUUCAGCAGGCAAAUUUUUUCACGAAUUAUCUUAGGAUUUAUUGAAUGUACGGUUGAAUAGUAAAAGGUUUUGUAAGUGUGGAUGACGUAUCGAGGAGUCAUUGAACACACGCCAGAUUAUCGAUAUCACCUAUUCUGAGUAUUAUCGCAACUCGAAUAAACAGCCAAAUAAACGAACGUUGAAUGUGUUUUUCGUAGAGUCGUUACCGUUAUCGCGUCACAACGACGCUCUUGACGUAGUUUUACGUAUCUACAGCAUAUUGGGCAGGCUAUUAUUUUCGAUGGAUAGAAUGCAUAACGACUUGUUUCUUCUAAUUAACGAUGGAAAGAACGUCAGAGAUGCGUCAGCAGAAAAGCUGCAUGUAAGAAACUUGAGAAUGUGAAAAUCCAGUCUUUCAGUUCAGGUGUGUUGUAUCGGUUCCAUCAACUCAUUUACAUUAUUGAUUUGAAAAAAGAUAUCCUCAUGGUGAGGUUUAAGGUUUUUGACAAUUAUUAUUAAUUGCUAAUCAAGUGACGAUUUAAAAAUUGAAAGAAGCCUUUUGUAGUCGAAGAGAUUACAUAAAAAAAUAUGUCGAUUAAUGAUUGACGUAUCACUAAUCAUUAUUCAUUGUAAAAAUUAGCAAGUGGAGACAUUCACGUCCAAGUCAAGUGGAAAAAAAUAAGAAGUGUUGAUGAAAGUGUUUCUACUCAUUUUUACGACAAUUGAUUAUUAAUUCGUAAAUACGUACAACUGUUUAUAUUGCAAAAACAUUUGAAAUGUCAUGCUUCCCUUGGAAUUUGCUCGGCUAUCACAAAACUAGGAACGUUGCAGCUGAAAAAGCGUGUGGCGAACCAGGCGCUUACCGUUUCGCCACAGCCGGCAGUGACGGUGGAGGAGCCGGUGUCAAAAAUGUCUCCACCCACUAAUGACAUGACAAACGGUGUUGUGGCUAAUCAAAAUACCAUGACACCACGUUUACCAUCAUCACCAAAUACUGGAAUUACCACUGCUACUACCACAACGGCAUUACCAACGCAUAAGCGCACAGCUAAGGAUUUCAUCUUUGGGAAGGUCAUUGGCGAGGGCAGCUUUUCAACCGUUUACCUCGCCAAAGACAUUCACACAGGUCGUGAAUACGCAAUAAAAGUAUGCGACAAGCGUUACAUUAUUAAAGAGAAGAAGACGGAGUAUGUUAAACGAGAGAAAGAGGUGUUAAACAUGUUGGCAGGUGCAAAACACUCGUUUGUACGUUUAUUCUGCACAUUUCAAGACGUAGACCGCCUCUACUUUGCUCUCUCCUACGCCAAGAAUGGCGAACUACUGCCUUACAUCAACAAAGUCGGUUCAUUCGACAUCGAGUGUACAAAAUUCUACUCAGCCGAGAUUCUCCAUGGUUUGGAGUAUCUCCACGGUCUUGGUAUAAUUCAUCGUGACCUGAAGCCUGAGAAUAUUCUUCUUGACGAGAAGAUGCACGUUCUCAUCACUGACUUUGGCAGUGCUAAAAUACUCAAGGAAGAUCCAGAGUUGGAGAGACCAAGUGACAACUAUGAGAAUCGGAAUCAAUCAGCUAGACGUGAAAGGCGCAAUUCUUUCGUUGGUACAGCACAGUACGUAUCACCAGAGUUACUGACUGAUAAAACAGCAUCGAGAGCUUCGGAUCUCUGGGCCCUCGGUUGUAUAAUAUACCAAAUGGUUGCUGGCUUACCUCCAUUCAGAUCUAGGAGUGAAUAUCUCAUUUUCCAAAAGAUUCUCAAGCUUGAGUAUGAGAUUCCUGAUGGAUUUUGUGAUCUUGCUAAGUCACUUGUCAGACAGUUGUUGGUUGUUGAUGCAUCUGAGAGACUCGGUGCAACGGAUGAGCAUGGAAAUGGUUAUCCCAGCAUCAGAGCCCAUGAAUUCUUCGAGGGAGUUGAUUUUGAGACUCUCCAUGAACAAACACCACCUCCAAUCUAUCCUUAUCUACCUGGCACUUCUGAACACGAGGAGUUGAGAUCGCAUUAUCGAGUUCCAGAUCAUCUAGAGCCUGGCCUAGAUGAUAAACAACUAACGAGGCUACUUGGAUUAGGAAUUGGAGAGGAUACCACUGAUAAACCAAUACCUGCUGUUGAAAAACCAAGAAGAAAGAGUGGCUGCAUAUCUCAUCUUUCACCUGAAGAGAUCAAAGAACAACUGGAGAAACAGAAGACCUCCAGUCCCUGGCACUCCUUCGUCGAUGAUCAUCUCAUUCUCAAACAGGGAUUUGUGAAUAAACGCAAGGGAUUAUUCGCCAGGAGACGAAUGCUACUGCUCACCACUGGACCUCAUCUUUAUUAUGUUGAUCCUGUUAAUAUGGUACUCAAGGGGGAAAUUCCAUGGAGUCCAGAGUUGAGGGUUGAGCCGAAAAAUUUUAAAAUCUUUUUCGUUCACACUCCAAAUCGAACUUAUUAUCUGGAAGAACCUGAGGGAUUUGCACUCGAGUGGUGCAGCGCCAUUGAAGACAUGAGGAUUCACUGUUAUGGACUAUAGGAAUGAUAAUUAUAGCAAAGUUCGGUAUCACUAUGAGGGAUUAAGGAAAUUUUAAAGGCGUAGGAUCUCCUAUACUCUUUCUUCCUUUUUAAAAUUAACCUAUUGAGGAUAAUUACUAUUCAUCAUACUUAGCAAAUAUGAAACUUAAUCAGAGAAAUUAGAAAAUUGAUCAGGUAUAUUUGUUCUGAUACCGUGCAGAUUAUUCAUUUGAUAUUCCGUCAUUGCUAUUGGCUUUUCUCUCUCAACGUCUUCAUGUUCAUUUUGUCCUCUUUUUGUUCGUUUCGUUUGCAAUUUCCGUGUAUCGAUUUACGGUUAUCGGUGUCUGAGAGAUUCGGUAUUUGUUAAGUCACUGCGCUUUAUUUCAUUAGAAUAUAGCCGAUGAUUAAUGAAAUUUAGAAGAAUUGUAGGUAGGAAAAAAAACCAGCGUAGUGUGAACAUUGAGCUGAAUCGGAUGAACUAAUUAUUUAUAACUAGCUAAAUUCGUAAAUGCUAAACUUACUUAAAUAGUUUGCAGAUUUUCUCGUCAUUUACUGAAUUGAAUAGUCAAUUAAUCAAAUAAGUUAUUUGAUUAAGAGGAAAAAUAGAAAAAUUUGUUUUUUCUUUUUUGUUUAGUGUCUGUUCUGUUCUGUUAAGUAAAGUUAUCGGAAGAAACAAAUGUUUCAUUCCAUUCUAUUUAUCAUCUUCGUGAGUAGAAUUUGAUUAAUUCAUUUAUCAAUGCAAGUAGUAUUAUUUUACUAUUUAAGAAUUAAAUUAAAUGAGAAUAAGGAGAAACUAGUGGUCUGGUUAGAAUGCAAAAAAGAGAUUCAAUAUUUGACGAAGGCUAAUUUAUAAUGUGUUUUGUAAAUAAAAUGCGUUCAAGCAUUCACAAACGCCCAAUCCGCGAUAAUCAUCGGGUCAAUUUGUUCAAAUGUGUGGGGUAAUCUAAUUUUAUACUUAGAAUUAUAAAUAUACAUAUUAGAUCAUUUUCAAAUUUUAAUAUGUAUAUUUAUACGGAUCCACAUGUAUUUAUUGCUGUGAAUUGUUCAAGUGCGCUUGUGUGUCUGUCUGUGUGUGUGUAGAUGUAUUCGAACGUUUGAGCGAAUAGACUAAAUGAAGUAAUAACAAUUACCACUUAAAUAUCUCAUCUCAACGAUGUGAAAGACUUGGACAGGGUAUAUGUAGGGUAUACGAAGUGAAAAGAUAGCUUGUAGAGUGAAUGAGAUAAUUAUUAUCGUUUUUCAUCGACAAAAAAUUGACCACUUUUUUAAUGCUCGAAAUAAUUGUGAGACUCUUUCAAGUCGAAUAAUUGUUCUCAUGGCCUAGUAGUUCAUACAAAAUGACCGCUUUUGGUGGAUUGCGCAAGGUCGGGGCGGGCUAGUCGUCAAAUAAUCGUCUCGAACACUCUACAAGUAUUUUUUUUUUGUUUUAAUUUAAUUUAUUUAUUUACACUUACAUAUUUAUGAAACUAUUUAUUUGUCAUUAUUUUUAAGGAAAAUUUUAGAUGAGAUGAGAUGUUUAUGAUUGAGUGAUUAUCGUGGAUUUAACGUAGAAAUUGUGUCUCGUCGAUGUCGUGGUAUUUUUCUAUAUUUUAUUAUGAAAAUUUUGCACGAUUUUCAAGAUGUGAAACACAAUUUUUAACGUGAUGACAAAUUAUUUGAGUUUAUAGCCAAUUCGAACGAAUUUAGAUAUUGUAACAUUGGCCAAAAUGAAGAUAUAAUUGUGAGAUGAUUAAUUCAAGUAUGUGUAUGUGUGGGGAUAAUUUAAUGUAGUUGAUUGAUUAAGUUGUGCAGUGGAAGAGGUUUUUCGUCGAUAUGUGAGCAUGCUUUGGCAACUGUAAUUGCAGUAUUAUUAUACAUACGUAAGGUGCGCCUUUUAUACAUUAAUUAAUAGGGGUUAUAAGAGGGUUUUUUUCGACCAUUUUUCGUUGUAUAUAUAACAUUUGAAGCAUCACAAAAAAGAAUGAAUGAGGAACAAUCCCGGAAUUGCACACAGGCAUGAAUUUGAUGAUUAUACAUAAUUGUACAAAGAGAUUCUGUAAAUAGUAUGUUAAAACCCUAUUCAUGUUGAAGAAAACAAAUUUAUUUAUAGUAAAUUUUCUGGAAUACCAUAA